AUGCAAUCAGACUGUGAAAAACGGAUAUCAACUAGGCCCGAUAUCAAUACAAACCGAUCUUGCACAGACAUAUUCGGGCUAAUACUCUUUAUAAUUUUCCUGGGAGGAUGGGGCUAUCUCGGAUACUACAGUAUGACAAAAGGCAAUAUAUAUAUGUUGGUCUCGCCUAUAAACUCGAAAAAUAAAUUUUGCGGGAAAGACCCAGGCCUUGAAAACAAGAAGUAUUUAAACUAUUUAGAUGUCACUGAGUGUUUAUCAUCGGAUUUCCUAACAAGUGUACUGGGAUGUGGAACUUCAACAGUAUGCGUAGAAGAAUGUCCGGAAAAAACAGUGUUUUUGGAAACUAUUUUAAAGAAAUCUCCGGAGAAAUUCGAUGAAUUGAAGUCUGCCAUGGUUUGUCGCGAGGAUAUAAAGAUUCAGACACUGAAUGCCCAACAAGCUCUUGAACACAUGGAUAAAGAUACUUGCGCUAAAUAUGUGCUCCACAGCAAACCAGUGUUGGGCCGGUGCUUUCCCAUUGUAGUUAAUCAGGGAAAAGAAGAUAACAACACCAAAACAUCGCAACAUUCACAACAGGCAUUGAUUGAUGUAUUAAUUAUUCACACGUUCGUUCAUCAAUACCUACAUCUUUUACUGGCGUCUACAGUGAUGUACAGUAGUUCAAUAUUAUUAUCUGUUCAGAUAGUGACCAAUAUAAUUGCGGAUCUGCAACAGUCCAAAUGGUACAUGACAGCAGCUUUACUCUGUAUGGUGGCACUGUGCUUCACAUACAUUUUCUUGCUGAAAUGGGUGAUUAAGCCCCUAGUCUGGAUCACAAUUAGCAGUUUGUUUAUUGUUUUGGCAGUGGGCAUGUACCUGUGCUACACGAACUUCGAAUACUACAAGGAACACCCUAAAGAAAAUAACCAGAUAAUAAAGAUGUUUGGUUUAGGUCCGACUUAUAAAAUAUGGCGUGCCAUUUUAAUCGCGCUAUCUAUCGUUUUCGCGAUUUUACUUUUGGUGAUAUUGUUUUUGCGCAGUCGGAUAGUUAUUGCCAUUGCACUUAUCCGCGAAGGAAGCAAAGCAGUGACGGCUAUUAAAUCGACCGUGUUCCUCCCCAUAUUCCCAUUGAUGGUUCAAUGCCUUGUCGUUGCUUAUACUGUAUUGAUUUUUGUUGCUUUGGUGACUAUUGAGGAUUCAGAAAUUCAGUCGGGCUUGGUUUAUUUAAAACUUGCAAACUUAUUCGGCUUUUAUUGGACGAGGGCUUUUGUCAGUGGAGUAACGGACAUGAUAUUUGCCUGUACUUUUUCCAUGUGGUACUGGACCCUCAAUAAGAAGGACCUACCUUUCUUUUCCCUUACAUCAGGAAUACAUAAAACAUUUCGUUAUCACUUAGGUACUGUGGCAGUGGGAUCCCUAAUAAUAAGCAUAGUGCAAAUAAUAAAAUUCAUUGUGAAUCAAUUAAGCAAAAAGACCAAUAUAGGGAAAUUUAUUCCCAAAUGGACCACGUGUCUCUGCAAGUGUUUUUUUGAUUACGUGGAAAAAGCUCUGAAAUUCAUAAAUAAGAACGCGUACAUUAUGUGUGCCAUACGCGGAGAUAACUUCUUUAAGAGUGCUAGCCACGCUUUUUCAUUAUUGAUGAGGAACAUUGUUAGGGUCGUCGUAUUAGACAAGGUGGUUGAUUUCGUCUUCUUGUUGUCAAAAUUAUUAAUGUCCAUUGGAGUCGGUUUCGCUGUGUACUACUUACUUGAAUGGGACUACUUGUACGAACACACGAAGGUUGAGCGUCUAAACUACAACAGCGUGCCUGCGUUAGUGCUCGGCAUCGCAACCUACCUCGUGUGCACCAUAUUUUUCGAUGUCUACGCGAUGGCUAUAGACACACUGUUCCUAUGUUUCUUGGAAGACUGCGAGAGGAACGACGGUUCCCCGGAGAAACCGUACUACAUGUCGAAGAAUCUUAUGAAAAUUCUCGGCAAGAAAAACAAAACAGGAAAACCAGAAAAAACUUCAUAAGACACCAUUUCAUGCCAAAAAGGUCCUUUGUAUAUUGGACGCAAAAAAAAUAUUGUAAAUUCAACACAAAUUCAAAGAUGCACUGUCCAUUCGAUCCCGCCAUGU